AUGGUGCGGAAUGUGGACGACCUGGACUUCCACCUGCCCUCGCAUGCCCAGGACAUGCUGGAAGGCCUGCAGCGGCUGCGCUCUCAGCCCAAGCUGGCCGACGUCACGCUGCUGGUGGGUGGCCGGGAGCUGCCCUGUCACCGCAGCCUCCUGGCCCUGAGCAGCCCCUACUUCCACGCCAUGUUCACGGGCAACUUUGCAGAGAGCUUCUCCGCGCGCGUGGAGCUGCGGGACGUGGAGCCGGCCGUGGUGGGGCAGCUGGUGGACUUCGUGUACACGGGCCGGCUGACCGUCACCCAGAGCAACGUGGAGGCACUGACACGCACGGCCGCGCGCCUCCACUUCCCCGCCGUGCAGAAGGUCUGCGGCCGUUACCUGCAGCAGCAGCUGGACGCUGCCAACUGCCUGGGCAUCUGCGAGUUUGGGGAGCAGCAGGGGCUGCUGGGCGUGGCUGCCAAGGCCUGGGCCUUCCUGCGGGAGAACUUUGAGGCCGUGGCACGCGAGGACGAGUUCCUGCAGCUGCCCCGAGACCGGCUGGCCGCCUGUCUGGCCAGCGACCUGCUGCAGGUGCAGCCAGAGCAGAGCCGGCUCGAGGCCCUGCUGCGCUGGGUGCGCCAUGACCCGCCGGCCCGGGCCUCCCACCUGCCCGAGCUGCUGGGCCUGGUGCACCUGGACGCCAUGCCCGGGCCCUGCGUGCAGGAGCUGCUGGCCGCAGAGCCUCUGAUCCGGGAGUCGGAGGCAUGCAGGGCGGCCCUGGCCCAGGGCCACGGUGGGGUGCGGCCGGCCCUCCCGCAGAAGCUGGAGGAGGUUCUGGUGGUGGUGGGCGGGCGGGCGCUGGAGGAGGACGAGGCGGGUGAGGAGCCCGCCCCCCGCCCCGGGAACUUCACCUUCUACAACACCAAGGCCAAGAAGUGGACGGCGCUCCCAGACUUCCCCGACUACCACAAGUGGGGCUUCUCCCUGGCGGCCCUGAACAACGACAUCUAUGUCACAGGUGGCUCUCGGGGCACCGAGACGGACGCCUGGUCAACCACCCAGGCCUGGUGCUUCCCGCUGAAGGAGGCCACCUGGAAGCCCGUGGCGCCCAUGCUGAAGGCGCGCACCAACCACGCCAGCGCCGCGCUCAACGGGGAGAUCUACGCCAUCGGCGGCACCGCUCUGGACGCGGUGGAGGUCGAGAGCUACGACCCCUACACGGACAGCUGGACGCCGGUCAGCCCCGCCCUCAAGUACGUCAGCAACUUCGCCGCCGCCGGCUGCCGGGGCCGGCUCUACCUGGUGGGCUCCUGCGCCUGCAAGUACAACGCUCUGGCCCUGCAGUGCUACAACCCUGUCAUAGACGCGUGGAGCGUGAUCGCCUCGCCCUUCCUGCCCAAGUACCUGUCCUCGCCGCGCUGCGCCGCGCUGCACGGGGCACUCUACCUCAUCGGCGACAACACCAAGAAGGUCUACGUGUACGACCCCGGGGCCAACCUGUGGCAGAAGGUGCAGUCCCUGCACAGCCUGCACGAGAACGGCGCACUGGUGCCUCUGGGUGACGCGCUGUACGUGACAGGUGGCCGCUGGCAGGGCAUGGAGGGCGACUACCACGUGGAGAUGGAGGCCUACGACACCGUGCGGGACGCCUGGACGCGCCACGGCGCGCUGCCUCGCCUCUGGCUCUACCACGGGGCUUCCGCCGUCUUCCUGGACGUCUCCAAGUGGACCCAGCCCUCCAGCCCCGCCCAGGAGCACUAA